UGUGCCAUGGGAUUUAUCUGGGCUUGUGCUACUUGGGUGGAGGUUUCCCCCGAUGUUGCUUAACUGUUUUUGUUCUUUUACACUUAAGAGUAACUUCUGAUUACAUGUCCACCAGAUACUUCCCUGGUUUUCUUUACUUGAAUUUGCAGCUCACUUGGUUUUAUUGUUGUCUGUUAGAUUCUUGUAUUAUCACAUGGUUGAAAUAAAAAUAUUUGAUUACAUAGAUAAUUAAAUGGAUGUUUUUAUUUUUCACAUCUCUUGCUUUUAGACCUUUUUAAAAUGCCUGUAAUCCAACUGUCAAGAUCUUCAAAUCUGCAAAAACCAAAGGCCCCAAAAUUGCAGGCUCUAAUAAAAGGUGGAUCCUUAAAUCUGAAAGUCACCAAUCAACCCAUCAUCACCACAGCGUCCACCCACACUAAUGGCUCAGCUAAUACAGCUUCUGGCUUCUUUGAAGACCUGUUGACACACUCUCACUUACCCCGGUGGGCAAUCUACACCAUCUUUGGAAGUUGUAGCCUAGUAGUUCUACUUUGUUGCCUGUGUAUCUGGAUUAAAUGUUGCUGCAAAAGGAAGAAGAGACGGCAAAAGGAUCAACAGAUUCUUUUGAAGGGAUUAAAUGGAAAAACAGCCACUGCACGGGUUCAGCCAGACAUCAGGGUUAUCGGCUACGGUACAACAGAACAAUAUAGGGGAAAGUUGCUCUACUCUUUGGAGUACAAUGCAUCUUUGUCGGAGCUUACAGUGGGGAUCAAACAAGCUGGCAGUUUAAAGGCAAUGGAUUUGGGAAAGAGCUCUGAUCCAUAUGUAAAAGUCUACAUCCUCCCUGAAAAGUCCAAUGUUUUUGAGACUAAAGUUUUCAAAAACACACUCAACCCUUUCUUCAAUGAGCAGUUCACUUUCAAGCUAUCCAAGUCCUCCCUUCAGAAGUCCACAGUAGUAAUCAAGGUGUUUGACUUCAAUCGCUUCACCAAACAUGGGCUUAUCGGUGAGCUCAGAGUGCAGCUUUGCAGCAUCGACUGGAACCAUGUUAUUGAAGAGUGGCAAGACUUGGCAAAGCCAGCAAAGUUUGAGGAAGAAAGUUUAGGAGAGAUCUGCUUCUCCCUCUGCUAUGUUCCAACAACCAGCAAGCUCAGCGUCGUAAUCCUGGAGGCCAAAGACCUGAAGAGCAUGGACAUAGGAGGAAGCUCAGAUCCAUAUGUGAAAGUACAGCUGGCUUUGGACAAGAGGAAGUGGCAGAAAAGAAUGACAUCCGUUAAAAAGAAAACACUGAACCCCUAUUUCAACGAGUCUUUUACAUUUGAUGUGUCAUUGGAUCAAAUAGAGAGGGCGAACCUGGUGAUCUCUGUGUGGGACCAUGAUGCCAUUAGCAGGAAUGAUCCCAUGGGAAAGGUUUUCCUCGGCUGCGAUUCCACAGGAAAUCAACUGAGGCACUGGGCUGACAUGCUGUCCAACCCCCGUCGUCCGGUUGCUCAGUGGCACAGCCUGCUGUCAGCUGAGCAGGUUAACUCCACCCUUUCGCUGAAAAAAAAAUUCCCAAUCCCCAGCAAAUUUAUAGAAAAUAAACUGAAAAAAGGUCAUUAGAAGAACAUUUUAUGAUAUAGUUGUGAAAUUAUUCAUUUUCAACUAUAAUAACUUAUGAAUUGUAUUUAGAGAACAAGCUUUCACGGCUAAACGGUGGUGCAGAUUGUAGCACUGUUUCCCUGUGCAAGAAAGUUCUGGGUUUGAUUCCUGGGUUUGAUUUCUGCAUGGAGUUUGCAUGUUCUCUCUGUGCAUGUGUGAGUUCUCUCUUGGUACUCCGGCUUCCUUCCCCAGUCCAAAAUUGAUUGGCUCCUCUAAAUUGUCCCUAGAUGUGUGACUGGCUACCUGUCCAAGGUGUAUCCCCUGAUGAGGACUAAGUGGGAGAAGAUGGAUUGAUGUUUAGUUAAAUUAUAUGAGCAAAAAAUUUUUGCAUCACCAGAUUUUGUACUUGUGAAAAUACCCUGUAUUAUAUCUACAAUUAAUUUAACAUACUACAUAUCAUUUUAACCAGUUUUACACUAUAAAGAUACAAGGACCAAGAUACAACAGCCUGUAUUUUGUUGUGAUUUUAUGUGACAGACCAACAAAAGGGGUUAUGAAGUACAAACAUAAUGCAUGGAUAAGAUUUGUUUGUUUGUAGAUUUUUAACAAUUUAUCCAAAAAGAGCUUAAUGCAUGUGUACAGUGUUCUUUGUAGAACGACUUCUUAAUUUUUUGGAGUAUGUCUCUACUAGCUUUGCUCAUCUAAAAACAAAAAUCUGGGCUUAUUCUUCUUUGCAAAAUAACUCAAACUUAUUUUAAGUAAGUUAGUAGGGUUGGGAAUGCCUAUGAAUCAUGGCCGGAUUGUAACAGGAUAUUUCUGUAAUUAUUUUCUAACCUCUUGUUUAAACCAUUUUUGUUGCUUGAGCUGCAGUGUAAAGGGACAUUAUUAUCCUGGAGGGUUAACCUUUCACUAAACUUUUAAAUGGUUUGCAGCUCUUAACAGGUUUACACAAGGCUAGCACUGUAUAUAGCCCCAUGCAUACCUUAUGUAUGUACCUCCAGCUUAUGUGCUGAUAUUUAUAUUUCUUUCCCAAUGAAGGAAGUCUUAACAUCUAUCAUCUUUGGAAUCGUUUCCCUCUUCCUUUAACCCUGCUGACUGACUUUAAUUCUGGAUGGACAAAGCUUUGGUUAAAAUGUGUUUAACUUUUAGCUCUAUCAAGCCCUAACACCAGAUUAUGUUGGCAGCCACCUUAACGACACCACUAUGGUUAGUCUCAUCUUGGGGGGUGACAGGACAGAAUAUAUAGAUAAGGUAAACAGGAUGGUGGUUUGAUAUGAUAAUGAUAACUUGGGCAUCAAACAAAACUACCAAAGAGAAGAUAACUGACUUCAGGAGGAGGACGUCUGGCCUGGACUUCAUUACCGGUGUAGAAAGGAAGAUGUCCAAUGGAGAUCGAACUCCACAAAGAGGACCCAGCAACAUCACCAUUACACUAAAAAUGCUUUGAAGACUUAUCCCUGAGAUGAGAGAAAAAUAUUUAUUAUCCUAAACUGCUUCAUUUUUAAACAGAAUAUAUUGAGAUUCAACACAAGUUUAACCAGGAUUACUUCUAAAAGUAAAUUUAAUCUGAUUAUCCAAUCUUAUCAAUAAUGUAAUAAAUUUGUAAGUUAAUAAUGGUGUAACUAACAACUACUUUCUACCCAAACCUGUGUAACUAUAGCCUUCCGCCCUAACCCCUAAAUCCCUCAAUCACUAUUAAAGAGCGUGGAUUAUAUAGUGGACUUCGUGUGAGUUUUUCAGAUUGAACUUACCGUUCGGAAAGAUGAUCACUGCUUUUUGCUUCGCUGGUCAAGUAACUCCUCCUCCCCCGCGUGGUGCCUGUGCCAGCUUUGUUAAUAGUCCCUGCUCUCUGGUAGUGACAGCCUAUGGCGACAGCGGGUUGCUGUGACAGCAAAUCCCAAAAUGCUUUGCAAGGAGAGCUCUUCAUGCAAAACAUUCUUGGAUAUAUUUGCCUCUUUUGAGGUCUUUCUUUUAUUUUCUUACACUUCGUAGAGACUUGCGUAGAAAAAGAUAGCUAACUGGACCACCAUGUAGGACGGCCUUACGUAAACAUAUCACCAGAAUGACAUUUAGGAGGACCACUUACGUAGAUGAUCCACCCAGAAAUAAAGGAUCAUCCUCAUUACCUUUAAUAUUCACUUUUAUAUUAUGGAUGUGGAAAUCUGAGAAUUACGAUUUUAACUAGUAUCCACUGUUGUGAUUUUAAACACAAUAAAAAAGAAGUCAAAGCAAAAAACUGGAAACACUGAAACAUCCUGUUAACCUAAAUAUUAAGAAAGCAGAUAUUGGCCCUUAAAUGAAAGCUUUGGUGUUCUGUUAGGCUUAUCUAUGUACUCACUCAUAUUUAUGCAGAAAUUUGAUUUGUUUUUAAUCAACUCUCCUCACUGAAAUCCAUGAGAGAGGACUAUAGUGGGGCCAGAGGGGUCAUAUGGAGUAAAGUGAGGGUUAGGUUAGUCUUGGGAGAUUGCUUAUUGGACCCUUGAGAAAAGCCUUCAGAAUCUGCAGUAGAUAUAAAACAGCGCUGUUUGGAUCCUGAUGAGGGUGCGCUAACUUGACCAUAUCACCACCAUACUCAAUUCACUUCACUGUCUUCCUGUUCCACUCAGAACUGAGCAUAAAGUCUCCCUCUUUACCCACCAGUGCAUCCAUGGUGAAGUCCCACCAUACCUCAAGCAACUUCUCACUCCACAGACCUCAACACACACCCACCGAUCUACCUCAACAUAUCUGCUGAAACCACCAAGGACAAAGAAAAGUGCAAUGGGAGAUCGGGCUUUCUGCUCAGCUGCUCCCAGACUGUGGAAUGCUCUCCCAGACCACAUGAGGACCCCACAGCCUGUGGAUGCUUUUAAACAUGGCCUUAUAACCCACCUUUUAAGGAGAGCUUUUAGAUCAACUCUUGCCGUUUUACUUAUUGUCUGUUUAUUUAAUCUUUUUUUACUUGAUUUACUAUAUAGCAUUUUUGGGAUUUGUAUAAAUAUAAAGUGCAUUGCAAAUCCAAUGUAUUAUUAUUAUUGUAGCUGUGGUCACAUCUUUAUCUGUCCUCUUUGGUUCUUCCCUUACCUCAAUAGGUUGCAGAACCUCUUCCAGAAGACCGACCUAUCAAAUG